UCUCCACUGGACUAUACAAACAAUUUCCCAAACUCAUUAUUCCAUGUCCCAUUUUUGUGGCUUCAAACAGGCUUUCUCUCAUGACCAGAAUGUACUUCCUUUCUCACUUCUUCCUCAUGGAAUUACUAAUUUUCUUCUAGUCUCAAUCUGGCUGCCAUCUCUAUUCUAAAACCUUUCCAUGAGUUGUUAGUGUUUUUCUUGCCAAAUUAGCCUAAAUGUAUUUAGCAAUCUUUCAGUAGAAUGUGACUAAUGAGGGUAGGGACUAGGAUGAUUUUUGGUUUUUAUAUACUCAGAAACUUUUACAUUAAUCCUUAAUAAAUAUGGGGCUAUUGUAAUUGAAUUGCAAAGUGAAAUUCUCAAAUGCACUUAUACUAAAAAAAGUAAUAAUAAUUUACAAGUUACUUGAAAUUUUCCUAAUUCUCUUUUCUUUGCAGAAGUGGGGGAUUAUGGGUAUGGAAUUGCAUAUAUGACAAGACUUGAUCUAUAUAUCAAUUAGGUUUGAAAAACUGAUUUUUUUUCCUCAUUUAAAAAAAAUUCUUUGUUAUAAGGGAUGUCUGACCAGCAAAGGCUGCAUUAUGAAAUGAAGUUGAGACAUUCCCCACUUCAUUUUCAGAAGGAAUGCAUUCAUUCAUUCAUUCAAUAAAUGCUAGCUGCAAAUAGAGCCUAUGUGGGCUUUGUUUCUGCCUUCAGAAGAAAGUCAGUAAGAUGACAUCAAAGUUCCUGGUAAACAGAAAUACUUAGCAUUCUACGCUCACUGUUGGAGAUUCAAGUUGGGGUUUACAGCCAAAAGCCACAGCUCCCAACAUGCAUAGGAUCAGGACCACAGAUUCAGACCAUGGGAAGAAAAGACAGAAAAAGAUGGAUGCUAUUUCCUCUAAACUUUAUGAAAUUAAAUUUCAUGAAUUUGUCCUUUUUAUUUUGGAGAAGAAAAUGGGGGCAACCCGGAGAACAUUCCUGAUGGAUCUGGCUCGAAAGAAAGGUUUCAGGGUUGAAAGCGAAUUAAGCAAUUCAGUGACCCACAUUGUGGCGGAAAAUAAUUCUGGUUCAGAUGUCCUAGCCUGGCUCGAGGCACAUAAAUUGGAAACGACGGCACAUUUUGAGCUCCUUGAUGUCUCUUGGUUGAUUGAAUGCAUGAAAGUUGGAAAACCAGUGGACACAAAAGGAAAAUAUCAACUUGUGGAGAGCAGUAUUGCUUCAGCUAAUCCAGAUCCAAAUGAAGGCAUGUUGAAGAUUCAGUCACCUGCAAUGAAUGCCAUCUCCCCAUAUGCUUGCCAAAGACGGACAACUUUAAACAACCAUAACCAAAGGUUUACGGAUGCUUUUGAGAUACUGGCAAAAAAUUAUGAGUUUAGAGAAAAUCAUGGUCAUUGCCUGACAUUUUUGAGAGCAACCUCUGUGCUGAAAUGUCUUCCAUUUGCUAUAGUCAGUAUGAAAGAUGCAGAAGGACUGCCAUGGAUUGGAGAUGAAGUUAAAGGUAUCAUGGAGGAAAUUAUUGAAGAUGGACAAAGUUUGGAAGUUCAAGCUGUGCUAAAUGAUGAGCGCUACCAGGCUUUCAAAUUGUUUACAUCUGUGUUUGGAGUAGGCUUAAAGACAGCUGAAAAAUGGUAUCGAAUGGGCUUCAGGACACUGAGUAAAAUCCAAUCUGACAAAAGCCUGAAAUUUACCAAAAUGCAGAAAGCAGGGUUUCUCUAUUAUGAAGACCUCAUUAGCUGUGUGUCCAAGGCAGAAGCAGAUGCAGUAAGCUUGAUAGUUAAAGAAGCAGUCUGGACUUUUUUGCCUGAUGCCUUAAUCACCAUAACGGGAGGAUUCCGAAGGGGAAAGGAGUUUGGGCAUGAUGUGGAUUUUUUGAUAACUAGCCCAGGAGGAGAAAAAGAACAAGUAGACCAGCUUUUACAGAAAGUUACUAACUUAUGGGAAAAACAGGGUUUACUUUUGUACUAUGAUCUCAUGGAAUCAACAUUUGAAGAUCUAAAGUUGCCAAGCAGGAAGGUUGAUGCUUUAGACCAUUUUCAGAAAUGCUUUUUGAUUCUAAAAUUAUACUGCCAGAGGGGAGACAGGAGCAAAUGGGAAGGGCCUGAAGGAUCUAAUGGUCUUCAAACAAAAAACUGGAAGGCCAUCCGUGUGGAUCUAGUGGUGUGUCCAUAUGAUCGGUAUGCAUAUGCUCUGCUAGGCUGGUCAGGCUCAAGGCAAUUUGAAAGAGACUUGAGGAGAUAUGCUACCCAUGAGAAGAAGAUGAUGUUGGAUAAUCAUGCUUUGUAUGAUAAGACUAAGAGGACUUUCCUCAAAGCUGAAAGUGAAGAAGAAAUUUUUUCACACCUGGGAUUGGAGUAUAUUGAACCAUGGGAAAGAAAUGCCUAGAACAAAAACGCAUGAGCAUCUCUCUAUGGCUCAGUCUCUUUUUCUGCAUCAUGAAAUCUGGUUCAAUAAUUUUGCUGUCUUUGUCCUAUAAUAGAUUUUGUAAUAGAUGUUGGAGGAAACCAUAGAAUUCACUAACUGUAGCUGUUUCUGGAAAGGACUUUUUUUUUUCUCUAUGCAAAUUUCAGCACUUCCAAACUUCUGAAUAGAUUGAGCUUCUAAAGUUCAUAGGUAAAUCAACCAUUUUGCUCUCAGAAUACAUUCUCUACCUAAUGUAUGCUGCAUUGAUUCUCUGGUCAGCUUAUAAAAGUUUAUUUAACCCCAAACCAAAAAUCAAACAUGCUCAAUAAAAACAGUGAAAAAAAAUCUAUAUUAUAAUGUAAUCUUUUUCUUUUACAAUGAUAACCGAUAAUUAUACAUUACUCUGAAACUUAUAAAGCAUUUUACAUAUGUUAUCUCUUUUGAGCCGUAUAAUUAAUUAUUCUGUGAUAUAGGUAGUGUAAAAAUUAUCAUGCCCAUUUGACAGAUAGGGCAACUGAGGAACAGAGGAAAUGAUUUAUCCUUGGUUACGUUCUUAGGAACUAUCACAAAUAAAAUUUGAGUUUAUAACUUCUUGACUCCAAUGUGGAUUUCCAGAGUCCAAAAACUCUCUUCUGCUCCUUGCUAUCCCAAUGUAAACAAACAGCGUAUAGAAAGCUAUUUUAAAUGCAUAAUAUUUUUUAACCAAGUCUCUACUCUAGGGCUAAAAGUUGCAAGAUAAACUAAAUUGUAUGAACUCAGACCUGAUUGAUUCCAGAAGGAACUUAGCAGAACAAUUACACUGAAAUACAAUUAUAAAAUUAAAAAAAAAAAUUCCGAGUAUCCUAGGUGAAGAACCCCUGCUUUACAUAAAAUUUUGCCAUCAAUGGUUUAAAAUAAGAAUGAGUUUUGUUGUUAUUAUUGUUUUUGAAAAGCAACAUGAUAUAUUAGAAUGUGUUCAGGGAAUUAGAGUCAGAAGACCUUACUACCAAUUCCAGCUCUGUCAAUUAUAAUCUAUGUGAUUUUGGAUUACUCACUUAACUUUACCAAGUACAAGUUUCCUUAUCUGUAAAUGAGGGCUUUACGCUGAGGUAUUCUAAGAUUCUUCCAUCUUCAAAUCUAUUUUUUGUCUUUUAAGUACUGAAGAUUUUUCACUAAAUAACUAGGUAAUAUUAUUAAAUUCACCCUCAACAAUAAUCUCUGCUUUUUUGCCUAUCACACCAAAGAUAGAGGAAAUGGAUGGGGCAAGUCACUAAUUUUUUUCAAGGGACAGUUAUCACCAAUAUGCGACUUAGACAUUUUUUGCAAUCCCCACUGAUUCUCAAAAAGAACACCAAGAAGCA